UUCAAAAGAGUUAUCUUUGCUCAGGAAAAAAGCUCUCUUUGCGCGGCUUAGCGAAGAUGGAAGAGGCAGCGAAAAAGGGAAGGGUGACCCCACUCGCGUCGCUGUUUCCGGUGGAGGAGGCCCAUAAGGCUGUGAGGCGCGUGCAUGAAACACUCUCAGAAAAGGAGGCCGAGCUAGAUCAGUUCCGAGGCUUCAUCUCCGACAACACCAACCUCAUCAACCUCGUCCAAAAGCUCCCCGAAGGCCUCCAUCACAAUAUCAUGGUUCCUUUCGGGAAAGCGGCGUUUUUCCCAGGCCGUUUGAUACACACAAAUGAGUUUCUGGUUCUUUUAGGAGAAGGUUACCAUGUGGAAAGAACAUCCAAACAGACCGUGGCGAUUUUGAAAAGAAGAGGGAAAGCUUUGGAGUCCCAAGUUGAGUCUCUGAAGGCCACGAUGCAGGACCUUAAGGCUGAGGCUUCCUUUUUUGGCAUCACGGCUUCUGAAGCAGCGGAAGGCCUUGUAGAGAUAAGGGAAGAUUACGUGGAGGAAAAUUUUACUGAAAGGGAAUCUCAAUCAGGUCCACCAAAAGAACAUCCUCCUAGUUUUUCUGAAGCAGAUAAGGUGAAAGUUGCAGUUGAAGAUGAAGAAUAUUCUCGUAUGAUGUCCAGGUUGGAUGAACUUGAGAAAGCAGAACUUGAAGCUGAAUAUGGCAACGAGAGGCAUGAAGACAUUGGAAAUGUUGCAGUUAGCGAUGAAGAAUAUGCUCGUAUGAUGUCCAGGUUGGAUGAACUUGAGAAAGAAGAACAUGAAGCUGAAUUUUUCAACGAGAGGGAUGAAGACAAUGCAAAACUUGCAGUUAACGAUGAAGAAUAUGCUCGUAUGAUUGCCAGGUUGGAUGAAAUUGAAAAAAAACCGGAAACUGAACGCGACAAUGAGAGGGAUGAAGAUGAGAAAAUUAAAGCUAAUUUUGAUCGGUCAUCAGAUCAGACAUCUCUUGAUAAAAUUAACAGAUUCUCAGAGUCUAGAAAAUUGUUGGAACAGACGAAAGAUAAAAAGUCCGCCACUGAAGAGACUCUAAGCAAGCGUGAUACUCGGAAAGAUUUGACUGAUCAGCUAAAUUGCACAGGUUUGACAGUGCAAUCUAGACCCGAAGAAGAAAUGUCGCAUGGUAAAGGUUUGGUACAAAGUAUAAUGAAGUCCACUUCGCUUGAGAAGGCUUUGGUGCUUCCUGAAGUGAAGGAGAAUGUUCAAGCAGCAUCUUCAUCGAGAAGUGAGGUGUCUAGGAAUAGCGUCCCGACUAAUCCUGGGGGUGCACAGGCCCUCGGCAAGGAGUGGAGUUUCCCACAAGUGGAUCUCGGGCUCCUCCCCAGGAUUCAAAACCGGGAUUUGAUAGUCGCAAGGCUUUUACAGGUUCCAUUAUAGAGCGCGCACACAAUAUACACACAAGUUCAAGUCAACGGGCUGCGACUUCAUCACAGUCUACCGGUUCCCAACCUUCAAAGCCAGUGUCCAGAUUCAAGAUGCAGAGAAGAUAGCUGCCGCUGUCGUCAGAAAUCUGCAGACACCCCUGGCAGAUUAGGUGAUUUUUGGAAUCUGGAGGUGGGAUCAAAACGCCCCCAAGCAUGUGCCAUGUGGGGAUCAGCCUGGUGUAGAUGCCGAGGUUGACUAAAAAGUCUUAAAUUACAAGAUUUAGUUUGCAAAAGGCACAUGCUCUACUACCUUAGCAUAGGAACAUUGCAUGUGCAAUAUGGUUAAAGAGGGUGUGCAGGUACAGGGAAAUAUCAGUGUCCAUCCUAGCAUAGACGUGAACUUGCAUGUCUUUUGUUUCGAGCUAAGUUUCAGCCAGUUAGCAUGAUUUGCUGCUGCAGCAUGUACGAAACUAAACACUUGCAAUAGAUGGGAAAGAUGAACCGGGAGAGUCUCCAUUUCCAAGCUUUUUUGUUCCUGUUAAUAUGAAAUUAAUCAGUACUAUAACGAUUAGAAUGUCAA